UUAGAGGAAGAGGAGAAGAGAUGAGGAAACUGAAACAGAUAGCUGAAACACGGUCGUUUUGAUAUUCAGCAUGCAUGGCCAUGAGUUUUGGGUCCCACUCCCGGGUAUGUUAAAGUGAAUUCAAAAAUACGAGACAUCUCUCACUCCCGCGUCUUUCUAUAAAUAUACACAGUCCCUUUGAAGCUUUCGCAAUUCAGAUUUCUCUUCAUUUCAAAAUUAUCGCUCCUCAAACACUUCAAUUCAUCGAUCCAACUGAAGAAAAUGGGGAAACGAUUGAAGAGAACUCUGCCGUUUUGCUCCUGCAGCUCUCCUCGCCUCUCUUCCUUUUUCUCUCUCCGCGCUUCCUUCGCCUGGUUCGAGGAUGACGUAUGGAUUGAGAUAGCAAAGUACCUAGAUGGAAGAUCUCUGGUGAUGCUUGCAACUACCUGCAAAUGGUUCUACAAGACUCUAUCAGAAGAGUGUGUUUGGAAAUACGCCUGCUUACGCGAUCUUGAGGUUCCUGAUCCAGGAGAUGUGUCUUUUAAAUGGAAGAAACUCUAUGCAUCAGCUUUUGAUGGGAGUCACUCUUACUUGUUUCGCCAGGAGGAGAAACACAUAGAUUGGAUUCGCAUUGGUGCAUUUUUCCUUGAAUCUUCAGCAGCAAUUGUGACUGAGAAGCUGACUUGUCCACCCCGAAAGAUCCAACGGAAGGAGACUCUUGAAGAAAUGCUGCAAUCCCGUGGCUUAUGUGUGCUCACCAAUAUUAAAACCGGAAUCUGGAUAGCUGAUCUGCAGCUCGUUCGUUGCCCAGUCUGUGACCUUAAUACAUGUGAUGGUACAAUGCAGACACUAGAUGCAAGGCAUUUUGAACUAUUCCUGAAUGAAAAUUACCAAGAUGGAAGCUGGGAUUACACACAAAUCGGUUCACAUGAGACCAAAAAGCAUGUGGAUGGAGCUUCUGGCGCCAUAUUUGACAUGAAACAUCUCAGGGAUGCUUCUACUGCUGAGGUUUUUAACGCGAAGUCAUGGACCGGAAAACAAAAUGACUGGCAGCCAAAGGCCAAGAUCACCCUUCAUGCUGUUGCAGUCAAUACAAAUUUGCAACAAAAUGAAGGGAUAAAUGUCAAAUUUCAUGUCAUGAGAGAUGGAGCUGAUGGCCAAAUCAUGGCGAUAAGAGUCUCUCAGCAGCUCCUGUAAAAUCACACGACACUACACAACUACAAAUCACUUGCCAACCGCUAUUAUCUCCACUCACAACUCAUAACUCGUGGCUUAUAUAAUAUGAAGAUCGUAGUCAAUUUAUCAGCUUCCAUUUAUUAGUAGCUAAGCCUAGGAUAUAUGUUACUAAACAGAAGAUUAUACUCAAACUAUUGCUGGCAACAGGCAGUUUCAAGCAUUGUUUCAGGUGUAUAGAAAUGUUCACAUUUUCCACUGUUGAAAAUUUUGGAUAGUUUUGGUUUGAGGUAAGGGAAGGGAAAGGAAAACAGUGUUGGCGUAAAACUUAAGAAAUUAGUAUAAUCAA